AUGCCAUGUAUUUCAAGACUGUAUGAAGCGUGGGUCAUCUACAACUUCCUGUCUCUCUGCCUGGCAUGGGUGGGAGGGCCAGGCGCAGUGGCCAUCAGCCUCACAGGACGCGUUCUCAAGCCCUCGACGCUGCUCCUCACGUGCUGCCUUCCACCCAUACCGCUGGAUGGGCACUUCAUCCGCCACUGCAAGCGCGGCUGCCUGCAGUUUGUCUUCAUCAAGCCGCUCCUCGCAGCUCUCUGCCUCGCCCUCUACAGUGCUGACCUUUACGAGGAGGGCGUGUUCGCUCUCACCAACGGGUACCCGUACGUGACGUGUGUGUACAUGGUGUCGUACUCGCUCGCCGUGUACGCGCUGCUCUUCUUCUACUUUGGCUGCCACGACCUGCUGCGCUCCUUCAACCCCAUCCCCAAAUUCAUCAUGAUCAAGCUCGUCGUCGUCCUCACCUACUGGCAGAGCAUUGUGGUGUUUGUAGUGGGCCAUCUGGGUCUCGUGCGCUCCGAAGACGAUGCAGCAGACUUGCAGUCUUUGCUGCUGUGCUGUGAGAUGGCCCUCGCUGCAGGGGGCUUUGCAUGGGCUUUCCCCGUCACACCCUUCGCUGCUGCCAGUGUGGGGGGCGGUGGCGGGGGGAUAGUGGAGGAGGUGGGGGGGUUCUUUCAGAGGCUGAGACACGCAGCAGCUGUGGGGGAUGUGGUGGACGACACCGUUCACCAGUUCUCCCCGACGUACCAUGACUAUGUGCUCUACAGCGAUGGCUCCACACAGGCCAAGCACUUCCGCACUCGCACGUUCGUGCCCAUGGGUAGGGAGAUGGAGGCAUACCGCAAGGAUGGCAAGAUCAACUCCAUUCAAUCACCCGACUACAUCCUCGCCCCGCCUCCUCCCCUCCACCCUUUCCACUGCAAACCGUGCGCCACCACCACCACCACUGGCAUCACCAUUACCAGCAGCACAGCCGGCAUGGCAGCUGACACUGCAACACACAUGCAGGCAUUUGACUCGCUAAAGACUGCUCCAGGAGACCCGUUUAGAGAAGUCACCAACAGUGUUGGAUCCAGUGGAGCAGUAGCCACAGCAGCGACAGUAACGACAAUAGCAACAGCACCUCCGAGCAACAUGGUUGCUCAGUUACCAUCUAACACAGCACUGCUAGACUUUCUGUGUGGGAGUGGGUCGGGGGCUGAUGGCUUGGAGGCAUGCGAGGAAGAAGCACAGCCCGGCUUGCUUUACAGGGCCAGUAUCCCCUGUGGCAACGACCAGAGCACUACCCCAUUCGGCUCUCUCAGUGACACCUUUGGAAGCACACAGACUAACCGUGGGAGCAGCUUCUGCAGCAGCUAUGGGGACAUUCAGGGUGUGACUCGUGCUGGGGGGUUGUGUGGUGAGAGCAGCCGGUGCGGCAGGGAGGGAGGGAAGAGGACAGGGCUGUUUGACAAGCUGACUGAUGAGAACGUGACCUCAUGGAGGAGGGCGAUGCGAGGCGAGAGCUGGAAGGAGUGGUGCAGCGGUGAAAAGGAGAGUGCAGGGCUGGUGAAGGUGCGGAUAAGGGGAUUCAUGGACCUGUGGGGGCUGGUGAAGGUGCGGAUAAGGGGAUUCAUGGACCUGGGGGGGCUGGUGGUGGAUGAGGAGGGCCUCAUCAAGGAGGGGGAUGCGAGGCGGGAUCUGGAAGGAGUGGUGCAGCGGUGA